AUGGAAGAAUCCUACUUGAGGAAUUACUUAUCAUCAGGGAAUGCGAAUAAUAAUGUCGAUAUAUUUGAGUUCAUCAAGAAAGCCAUCACGGUGGCUGCUACCGACUACCCAACCGAAUUUCGACAAAACAAAGACAAGAUAUUCGAGACUCUCUAUUCGUGUAACAACAACAUCACCAGCAGCAAUCUGAUCAGCCAGAAAGAAGAUGAUUCGCAAAAAGAAAGUAUUCCAAAGACGGCUUGUGAUCGUCCAACAAUCCCUUUUGUUUAUAACCGUCAAGGGAUUGCAGAGGUUUUGAAGAUCAAAGAGGUUCUUGAUCAAGGCGAAUCUGAAUCGGCGGCAAUCAUCUGUGACUUGUUAACCAAGCUUCGAUACAUGGAGUUAAGUGUGAACACUCUGGAGGUGACUGGGAUAGGGAAGACGGUUAGGGUUCUUCGGAAACAUGCAUCCAAAGAAGUUGGUCAGGUCGCCGCGAGACUCUUGAAAGAAUGGAAAGAUGUUGUGGAAGGAUGGCUCAACAAUAAUAAUGACACAUCAAGGAUGCCAAAAAGGAUUGAAAAGACGAGUGAAGAAAAACUCGAAGCUGUGAAAAGGAAACUGCAUCAAGCUUACGAGGAUGCCGAAAACAUGAAGAAGAAGAGACGAACACAAAUGCUGGCGUUUCAUCAACUACCAAAGAAGGGCCUUCUUCCGGAAAAAGCUCUACACAUUAAGCCUCGAGGCCACCAGUUGAGAAGACCUGGUAAUAAUGCGAUUAGAUCAGUGGUCCAAGCUUAUUGA